GAUGUUUCAAUAUAAAUUCUUUUUCCAUAUCAUAGCAUAAACAAAGAUGUUCAAAUCGAAUAUGCUUUCUUCCGCCUGAUCUUCUCCUCUGUUAUUUCAUUUACAUUUACCAUGAAGGUAGUACAGGAGCAUAAGGUCUCGAAUGCAGAAAACCAACAGAGCGCUCCAUUCCACCCCUCUCUCAUCUUUCAUACCCUUUUUGGCAUUACAGACUACAUGACAUAAAAUCAAAGUGGAUAAAAACAGGAUAACUAAUGGAGAAGAAAAGGGAGCCCGAAAGAAACUUUGUACCCCCUGAUAAAAUUCCCCUCAAAGGCCCUGCCUUAGGUUUGGCACCGAACGGGGUUAAAUCGGCUCCAAGUCAUCGGGCAUUCGUAAACUCUCUCCCUGCAAAACGCGCGAGACGGUCUUGGCAGCGUUGGCCGAUAAUGGAUUAGAACCGUGGUAGGACAUAUCAUUCGACCUCCGACCCUGUUCUCGGCUUUCUCAACCUUAAAAGUCACCGGCGUCAUGUAGUGUGGCAACGACGCUCGGCCACGCAUAGUAAACGCGCGCGCGCGCGCGGUCUCAUCAUCAUUACACAGCCCAGGGACAAGACAGAGCUCUGUAUAUUUUCGGUCCAAGUGUGUAUUAUUUUCCGCAAGCGAGAGUGACAAACACAGUCGGUCGAACGUGCUUGUUCCUGAUGCUGAUGAGAGUGAUUCCCUCCUCGCUGAUUCUCCGCCGCCGCCGAUUUCUGUCUCUCUGGCGAUAGCUGAAAUCUGGUGUGACAUCGAAUUGCAUCUGUGCAGAUUACGAGGGAAGAAAAGUACGCACUGACAGUACCAUGGCAGUCGUUCAGUUCUCGAAACGCCAAUGGCUCACCCUCAUCGUCAUUAGCAUCGCCGACUUUGCGAAUGCUAUCUGUGUAUCGUUACAAGCCCCCUUCUACCCUCAAGAGGCUGAGAAAAAAGGCGCGUCACCGUCGGAGUAUGGAUUGGUCUUUGGAAUUUUCGAACUGGUGGUCUUCAUCAUCAGCCCGUUCUACGGACAGCACCUCAAUCGAAUCGGUCCGAAACUCCUGUUCAAUGGCGGUAUCCUUACUACAGGAACCUGUGCCAUAUUCUUCGGUCUGUUGGAUAAAGUUGAUGGCCACUAUCCCUUUAUAAUUCUGUCAUUUCUGAUCAGAAUUGUGGAGGCUAUGGGAAACGCGGCGUUUUUGACAGCCAGUUUCGCCAUUAUCGCGAAAGAAUUUCCCAAUAACGUCGCCAUAACGUUCGCCAGUCUGGAGACCUUCUUCGGUCUGGGCCUUAUCGUAGGUCCCACCGUGGGAGGUGCGCUUUAUCAAGUCGGUGGCUACACCACUCCGUUCGUUGUUCUUGGCUCGGCAUUGUUUCUGGCAGCUGUCAGCACUGCAUUCAUCUUACCGGUUCAUAACGAUAAUGAUCAAGACGCUCACAACAACGGAGGCGUAACGAGGGUCUUGAAAAUUCCUGGUGUGCUGAUCGCCUCUAUGUCGAUAAUCGUGACCAGCAUGAGCAUCGGAUUUUUACAGGCAACCCUCGAGCCACAUCUGAGACAAUUCAGCUUGAGCCCAGUUAUAUUGGGGCUGAUGUUUGUUAUUAACGGCGGCACAUAUGCAAUAACUGCGCCAGCGUGGGGUUGGCUCUGCGAUAAAUACUGGCAUCCAAAGAUAGCGACUAUUGCUGGCUGUGUUCUCGUGAUGAUCGGUUUCUCUUUGGUCGGACCAGCACCGUUCAUUCCGUCUACCACGAUCCUUUGGAUGACUAUCCUCGGUCUCGUGAUCCAUGGCUUAGGCAUGGCUGCACAACUGGUUGCCAGCUUCACGGAUGCCUUACGAACAUCCGUAUCGUACGGAUUCCCAAAUAAUCUUGAGACCUACGGCCUUAUCAGCGGAUUGUGGACAAGUACCUUUGCCCUCGGAGCUUUCAUCGGUCCUAGCGUUGCUGGUAUUCUACUGGAUAAUAUCGGUUUCAGAAACGCAUCAAUGUUCAUAGUGUUACUUCAUACAUUAGUGGGUGUGGUAGCUGCCGUCUUUCUAACUAGCUGCUCUCGUGCACCGAAGCCAUACACGGACGUCGGCCCCGUGGACAACCUCAGGGCACCACUGAUGGAUAGCGGCAGGUCGGGCAGCGAUAAUCUCCAUCAGAACGGACGAGGCCAGGGUGUACCGAUUGACCGACCCAGCGGUAUGAACUCCUUGAUCGCGUGCAACAGUUACUCGAAUAGAGCUGGGGCGUGGUCUAGGGCAUCUUACAGCGGCCGCUACUCGCACAGCUAUGGCUCGAUUGAGAACAAACGAUACUUGGAACUUACCACGUGAUAUCGGUUGAUCGAUUUUGUAUACCGGAAGUAAUAGUGGGAGCGCAGCGCAAAAUAUCGCUCUUUCGUUCGUCGUGAUAUCGUCACCGAUAGACCUUACAGUUUCCAUAACGUGCGACUCGACCGGAAAUACAAUAGACUGUGCAUAAAAGUGGAAAUCCAUGUGCUAUUAUUGGCCGCUUUGUUUCGCUUUGUUUUAACGAUAAUGGAAAUCGUGUUUAGGAUUAACAUGGCUUCUUUGCGGCGGAAUACACGUAGUACAAGAUAUUAUAAAUGUCUGUUCAACAGGGUCUGCUUAAAGCUAAAUGAUAAUAAGCAUUGAAUAAUACGAAAAAUUUUGUAGAAGUUAGUUUUACGCGUAUUGACAAACGUGUGAUUAGAUCAAAUUUUAUCUACAUCGAAGACAAUACACACGCAAAUUUCAUGUAAUACAUAUACAUAUGUAUGUGUACAGAGGGUAAACUAAAAUUCGUAAUACAGCCGAGAAGAUUUAUUAUUCAAUUAAUUCGAGGUGAUAGAACUAUUUUUGUAUACUUAGUGUUUUGUUUUCGAGAAUGGCUUUAAACCAAUUAUAAUUAAAAAAAAUUAAUUAUUCGAUCUAUUUCAACGAUUUAAAAUUAUCUCGUUUAUUAAGAUUAAUAUUAGUUGAAAAUGUAAUAUAAAAGAUAUAAUUCAAAAAUAAUAAUUAUCGAUAAAAAACAGUGGCGGUUGAGAAGAUCUAUAUCUAUGUAUAGUUUCAUUGUUCAUUUGAUAGACAUACGUUCUUUUGAUUUCCUCUUGUACACAUAAUUAUGAUCAUGAUCAGUAAUGACGAGCAAAUUCAUGAUGAUAGUCAUUCUUACAUUAUGCGCUGUAAUAUUGCUUGGUAAUGCGUUGUUAACACCCGUAAUGUCCAUUACCUUUUCCGCUAAAACUCGAAUCUUACGAAUUACCUUUAUGAAAUUGAUUAUGACAUUGCAAAUACAAAUAUUUGUUAAAUAUCAGUAAUUAUUAAUCUUUUUUAACUUUUUUAUCUCUUUUAGUAAUAUUUUCCAAGUGUUUCGACGAAGCAAACGAUUAAACGAUUUCCCGAAAAGCCAUGAUUUUCUCGAAAAUGAAACGCCAUGCAAAAAAACUAAACGAGACACAUUGCUGUUACUAUAAAACGCUUCAAGCAGUAUUCACAGAAUGCAUCAUUGUUAUCGCAAUUUAGCUAACGCACUUGCGCUGUACUUGUCUUUCUUCUUGUUAAGUAUUUCAUCCGGCUUCGAUUCCUCCGGCGGGAUAGCAACCUCAUUUAGGAUAAUGACGUUUGCGAGGAAAUCAACUCAUAUCACUUGUAUGAAAAUUGUGUUUCUAAGCACAAUUACUUACAAAGUUAUAUAGUUAUAUAAGCAAUAAUUAUAUUAUCAGAUUUAACGAUAGCAAUGGUAGAUUUUCACUCUUUGUUCAUACUUUAUUUUUUACGUAUUUCUUAUACGUUUGACAGUCAUCAAACGAUGUCAACUUCUUUGUUGCUUAUGCUCGUACGAUAAGUAAUCUGUUAUAAUUAGUAAUGAUAGUUAAUCUUUUAGCACACAAAACAAAGAACUAGCAUAAGUAUCUUACUGUAAUAUUAGCUAUUUUAAUCUAAAGCAGUAUCGAUAGCGUAAAUAUUUGUGGUUAUCUGUUUCGCAGAAAACGUCUAAAAAUUAAGGAAGAUGAUCGAUAUUAAGAGAUUUAUAUUUGUAACAACAUCAUUUAUCACAUAAUUCAUUCCCGAGCUUUAGCAGGAGAGAUGGAUGUUACAGAUGUCAAUAACGCGUUAUCACAACGCAUAACAUAUUUUAAGAUCGAUUUAAACAGCGGGAAUAGAGAAUAGUAAUUGUAAUUCUGAUAAAAAAAAAAUCUGUAAUAAUAUAAUAUUUUUAUUUAAA